AUGCUUCUGCGCACUCUGCGUUACUUCAUAUCGGUCGACCAUGUGGCUUUUAUCAUGGACGGCAACCGCCGCUACGCCCGCCACCUAGGGCUGAAUGUAGCGCAGGGUCACCAUGACGGGCUGACGAAGCUUUUUGAGAUCAUUGAGGUUUGCCACCUGCUCGGUGUGCGUGUGGUGACUGUAUACGCCUUUUCGCUGCAGAACUUCAGCAGGAGCGUUGAGGAGAUCAGCCAUCUGAUAUCACUGGCUGCAGAUUCUGCCGGUGAAGGUGGUUCAAUCAGGGAUUUCGCGUUGCGCGACUCCUGUCGUAUCCGCUUCUGCGGUGACCUCAGCUUAGUGAAUGAGGAGCUUCAGCAACUGUUGGCUGAGGUGGAGGCCGACACGGCACAUUUUAAGAGGUUUACACUGAAUAUAUGCAUGUGUUAUGGGGCGCGUAAUGACAUCGCUUCUGCGCUGAAGGAUUCGACGAACAGCGAAGACGAAAGGUGCGCGUUUGUUUUCGGUGUACUAAUUGCAGGUUUAUCGUAUAAUGCGUAUAUAUGUAUUUGA